AAUUGGCCAGAAAAACGGGGACCAAAAAGGGAAUAAAAUUGAGCAAAAAAAUAUGGAUCAAAAAGGAAAUGACAAAGACAGGAAGUGCUGGAAUGUUGAGUUGACAGAUGAAAACUGCAAUAAAAGACAAAAAAAGAACUGUUGGUGUUUUGAGUUUAAACAGGAAAACUGUUUUUGCCGUGCAUCAACUACAAUCCUUAAUAACAAUAGCUAUGGACCAAAAAGAGGCGACCCUAACAUAUGUUUGCAGAUAAGUCUUUGUAAAGAUAUGUUUGACCAGAAAAACGGGGGCCAAAAAGGGAAUAAAAUUGAGCAAAAAAAGAUGGAUCAGAAAGAAAAUGACAAAGGUUUUUGCCGUGCAUCAACUACAAUCCUUAAUAACAAUAGCUAUGGACCAAAAAGAGGCGACCCUAACAUAUGUUUGCAGAUAAGUCUUUGUAAAGAUAUGUUUGACCAGAAAAACGGGGGCCAAAAAGGGAAUAAAAUUGAGCAAAAAAAGAUGGAUCAGAAAGAAAAUGACAAAGAUUGUAAAUCGUAUGCAGUUUCCUGUACCGGAGGUAUCGUUGGAGCAGUAGUUGGGGGAACAGUGUUUGGAUCAGUCAUAACAAUGAUUGUGUUUCUCUGCUUCCGUCGCGCAUUUCUUUUCCCCAAAACCAGAAAUUCGGAUUGCAAACCUCGAAGUGAUGAAAACCUUCAAGAGAGUUUACCACCAGUUGAUGAGACUGUCUACAAUGAAAUCAACGACCAAGCAAUCAUCAGAAUUCAACCAAUGCGACGAACAGAGAGUGCACAUGUAUCCACAAGAGAAGAAACGUACAGCCAUUUGCAUGAAUCGGACAAGGAGGAUAUGAAUGAAUCCUAUGAUCACGCAAGACCAGUGCCAUCUGCCUGUGUCAGAGAGGUCGGAUAUGGAGUCUUGACAAGAGUUGGUAACAACAACAGAGAAGUCCAGACAAUUGCUACCGAUGAUGCGCCUAGUAAAAUACAGAACGACAAUUACUUUAUCAUCGAACCGCAGUGACAAUAUAAUUAUUUUGAAAUCAAAAGAAAAUGUGGUUAUUUUGCAAAAGGAAAAUACUGGAGGCAAAUUGUUUCUUAAUUAUCUCAGCUUUCUGAUAUAUCCAUCAUGCAGGUCAUCAAGUGCAAAUAAAAUAACAUGUUUUGAAAUUCAAUAAGAUAAUUACUCAUCAACUCUCACAUAAUUGUAUAGAUCAUUUUUAGUUAUCAUCAUUUUUUUAAACAACACAACCUUCGUCAGCUGAAGA